AAUCCUUUUUAGCCACCACAGAAGAAAAAAAAAACAUUACCUGUUCAUUAUUAUUUUUUAUGUGAGAGGUCGACGCAUCGUAUCCGUUUGGUUUCAAGAUGCGUUACGUGGCCGCUUAUCUUUUGGCUGCGCUGGGUGGAAAUGCCAACCCGAGUGCCCAGGACAUCAAAGAUAUCCUGGGCAGCGUGGGCAUCGAGGCCGACGACGAACGCCUCAACAAGGUUAUUAGUGAGCUGAAUGGAAAAGACAUUGAGGAGGUCUUGAAUGCAGGAAUGUCCAAGCUGGCUUCAGUACCUGCAGGUGGCGCUGUGGCAGCAGCAGCCGGUGCCUCUGCCGCUGCUGCUGCUGGAGGGGCUGCUCCUGCUGCUGAAGAGAAAAAGGAGGAAAAGAAGGAGGAAUCAGAAGAGUCGGAUGAAGACAUGGGCUUCGGUCUCUUUGAUUAGUCACUUUUCUGGCAAAAAUGAAAAUGGCAAAAAAUGUCAAAAUAUUUACUUUUGUACAUUUGUUAUUUGGAACUACAGAGAAAUAUUUUCCUUGCCGCAUUUCAGAAUAAAAGGUUGUUAUAAAUGU